UCAUAACUCAUGGUCGUGACUCGCAUUUCGUCGCGUCCUGACCGAUUGUCUGGUUGACGUUUUGCAUUUUGAGGUGUUAAAUAUUUGCACGAAAAGAUGAGCAUCCUUGCUUAUAACGGUGGCGCCGUGAUAGCCAUGAAGGGUAAGAACUGUGUAGCCAUAGCAGCCGAUCGCAGAUUCGGCAUACAGGCACAGACAAUAACGUGCGACUUUCAAAAGAUUUAUGAGAUGGGACCGCACUUGUACGUCAGCUUGCCCGGUCUUGCCACUGAUACCCAGACAGUCAUGGAAAGGUUACGCUUUCGCCUGAAUCUGUACGAGCUAAAGGAGAAUCGAAAGAUUCAUCCAAAAACAUUCACAGCUAUGAUCUCAAAUCUCCUGUAUGAGAGGAGAUUCGGGCCGUAUUUCGUAGAACCUAUAGUCGCCGGACUGGAUCCAGUCACAUUUGAGCCAUUCAUCUGCAACAUGGACCUAAUAGGUUCUAGAAAUAUAGCCGAGGACUUUGUGGUAGGUGGAACGUGUACGGAACAACUUUAUGGCAUGUGUGAGUCGCUUUAUGAGCCUAAUUUGGGACCUGAAGAGCUAUUUGAGACUGUCAGCCAAGCUUUAGUCAAUGCGUUCGAUCGGGACGCGAUAUCUGGAUGGGGUGCCGUUGUUUAUAUCAUAGAAAAGGAUAAGGUCACGAAAAGGACUGUAAAAACGCGAAUGGAUUAAAUGCAUUCAUCUUUUAUAUCAAUAUGUGCGACAAAAAUUUCAUAAUUAUUGUUGUAAUUAAGUCUAAGAAAUAUAAA